UUCCUACUGGGUUUCAGCUCCCAUCAUCCCUGAGCGAUUGGUGGCCCUGGCUCUCCUGAAGUCUUGAAACGAUGCCUUUCGCAUUCUGGUUGUUCUCUUGACCUACACGUGACUCUCUCCUCCAGGGAUCUUCUUUCAUCAUCGCAGUAGACCCUGAGGGACGCGACCUCACGCGCCAAUCCACUUAACCCGGUCCUGCCAUAAGCCUCAUGUCCUUCGCCCACAGCCUUCGACUCAGAUCCAGCGCAGAAGCCUUGUCUGCAUAGUUAUCAUGAGCUCCGAAGUCAUGCUGGAAAAGGCGGCCAAAGAUGGCACCUUCGAUCCCAACGAUUGGCCUCCAGUCCUUGAGACUGUCCUCGCUCGACUAGACCAUAUCUUCCACCACGAAUUUCCCCGUCCUUUCACAGUCACCCUCGAGGCACAACACGUCCUUCCCGCGAUACAUACUCCUGUCAAGCAAAACCAAACAUCCAGCCAAGACUCACAGACUGCGGAUAAAGAGAAUGCACCUCCUUCCACCCCUCCAUCUCGUCCUCCCGUCCCACCCUUUUCCCGACCGACUCAAGACCUAACACCAACAUCUUCACCCACACUGGCUGGCGACGCUACAUCGCAUACGUAUCCACCAGAGCUGAUAUCUCUCCACAAUAAUAUACGCACGUCGCUGAAGCAGAACUUUCCAAAGUUUCCACCCCACACCAUUCAGCGUCUAGCAGAACUCAUCGUCAGCCCAAAGGCGCAUUACCGUUUCCUGCCACCAUACCUACGCGCAUUGGACCGCGUAGUAUCUGUUUCGAGUCCGACGACCAUAUUCCCCCUUCCACAAGCCACACUUCCUUCCAAUCACAACCUCGUCAAUGGCGGAGCAUCUAUGGCCGCAAGCUCUAGUGCCAGCUUUGGAAGCGAUGAGUCCCUAGGCGGUGCUCUCCUCACACCUAUCCCAUGGCUGAGGCCUGAACGCCCACAAGACGAAGGCUCUGCACGAAUGAGCAGCAGCAACAGCAGCCAGAACGAGCUGAUCUCAGAAUCUACAGAAAUGGUCGACGGUCCCAAUGGCACCGGCCGCAUUGAAACAGUGACUGUCUCCAACGGCGUCCUAACAACCACAACCUCGCACUCUGGCACUCUCACCGUCCCCUCCAACGCUCCGCGAAGCAUCACCCAGAUGAGCACCGAAUCCCUCCGCGACACCGGCGCUAUCACACAGGGCGAGCUCCUCCGCCAGGAACAAGAAGCCGGCGUCGUCCCCGUCUCCCAGACGCACACGGGCGCCUCCCACUCGCAACCUCACGCCCACCCACAACCGCGGAGCAUCCUUCCAUCCAACGCCAUGUCACAGCAAGACCUAGACGAAACGACCUCGGACAUGUCCGCGGUGCCAAGUGUGGAAACAGACGUCGUCGUAGCGGGCGCUACACACGAUUCCGAGAUGGCCACCGACGAGCAGCGUGACGAGCGCCCGCAUGCGCGUGGUCCAGAGCAGAUCGGCAUGGAGGACAUGGGCCCGCAGCGGGAUCGGAGUGGAUCCCACUUGGACAUUGCGGCUGCCGUAGGGCGGACGCUGACGAGUCCGGGGAGGAGUAGCGUUAGCCCAGACGUGAAACGGGAUGUAGCAGAGAACAAGGACGAGGAGAUGGCGGAUGCUGAGCUUGGUCACGGCGAGGGAGGCCAAGAUGCAGAGGAGGGCACUGUGCUCACUGAUGUAGACGGCAACACCGACGAGAAGCUAGAUAAGAUGGAUGCGCAAGGUGAAGGGAAAGGCGCCGAGGGCGUAGAUACGUCUGCACAAUGAGCGAAAGCCUUCUUUCCUAGGCUGCUAUUGCUACCGCAACUUCCAAUAUAUGACCGUCAUGAUCCCCUCAGAGCCGUCCGCAGCAUGUAUAUAUAUAUAUAAUAAAACGUGCCGUUGUUCACAGGGUGUAAACAUAUUAUCCCAAUCUAUAUCCACCCAUGUGUAACACCAUACUAUGCGCAUCGAAAAGACAAAAGAGACACAUC